GGACGCAGUGGGGGCAGAUGGGUAACCAGGGGAAACUGGAGAGGGCAAGAGAGGCAAAGUCGGGGGGUUGGUAGAAGGAAGGAGCCGAUGGAUCCGCAGUGCGAUACUCAGGGGAGCUGAUGUGCCCCCCGCCCUAGUACUGGGGUGCGCUUGUCUGCUGGAGCCCCCGUUACCCCUCCGCUCCUGCCCAACAUGAGACUGCCCUGCCUGCUAGCCUGCUGCCUGUGCCUCCUACCGGGGGUACAGGGGGCGCAGGGGAGAUUCGCCUACAAGCUGAUGAACGAUCUCUUUGCCAAUUACUCCAACGCGCUGCGGCCUGUAGAGGACAUGGAUAAAGCCAUGAACGUUACCCUGCAGGUCACCCUGUCCCAGAUCAUCGACAUGGAUGAGCGGAACCAGAUCCUAAUGGCCUACCUGUGGAUCCGACAGGUGUGGUUUGAUGCCUACCUGCGCUGGAACAAGGAAGAUUAUGAUGGGCUUGAUACCAUCCGUAUACCUAGCAGUUAUGUAUGGAGACCUGAUAUAGUCCUAUAUAACAAUGCCGAUGACCAGUUCACAGGCUCCAUGGAAACCAAUGUGGUCAUCAGAUAUGAUGGGCAGAUCAUGUGGGACUCGCCGGCGAUCACCAAGAGCUCUUGCAAGGUCGACGUGUCCUUCUUCCCCUUUGAUGGACAGCAGUGUCGCCUGACGUUUGGGUCUUGGACGUACAACGGCAAUCAAAUCGACAUCCUCAACCACCUCGAUACAGGGGACCUGACGGACUUUGUAGAGAAUGUUGAAUGGGAGAUAUUGGGAAUGCCGGCCAAGAAGAGCGUUAUCACCUAUGGGUGCUGCUCAGAACCGUACCCCGAUGUCACUUAUACGCUCAUCCUAAAGAGGAGGGCUUCUUUCUACAUCUUCAACCUGCUCCUCCCCUGUGUGAUGAUCUCGUUCCUAGCGCCCUUGGGCUUUUACCUUCCAGCAGAUUCAGGGGAGAAGGUCUCCUUGGGCGUAACUGUCCUGCUGGCCCUCACCGUGUUUCAGUUACUGGUGGCAGAGAGCAUGCCGCCUUCGGAAAAUGUGCCACUUAUUGGAAAGUAUUAUAUUGCAACGAUGACUAUGAUAACGGCGUCAACAGCGCUAACCAUCUUUAUCAUGAACAUCCAUCACUGUGGGCCAGAAGCGAAGCCAGUCCCUCAAUGGGCCAAGAAGUUCAUCUUGCAGUACAUGUCCAGGAUAUUCUUUGUAUACGAGGUUGGAGAAAGCUGCAGAAGACCAAGAACUGAACCAGAACCGAAUUCUGAGAGAACAUCCAAAGUACCAGGGAUAGACGGACAGGCCAAACGAGAGGACAUCGCUGAUGUGGUCAAGGACUGCCCAGAAAAGCUCAGCCCAAAGGACAAGGAGGCCAAGGAAGAGCUGGAACAUUCCAAAUAUGCUCACAGUCAGGAGAGUGGCAAGUACUACGUUUCUGAGCAAGGCGGAGUUGGGAAAGGGUUUGGGUACGAGGAGUGCCCCAAAAUCCACUGCCUGUGCCACAAUGAACGCCUGCUGAAAAACAUUGAAUACAUUGCCAACUGCUUCCGCGACCAACGGGCGACUCAGAAAAGGACUGGGGAGUGGAAGAAGGUUGCCAAGGUCAUGGAUCGUUUCUUCAUGUGGGUCUUCUUCAUCAUGGUCUUCCUCAUGAGUGUUCUGAUCAUGGGCAAAGCCAUAUGAUGGUGCCCCCAGUGACUCCAUAUGGAUUUCAUAACUAUUUCUGAUGAUGUCAUUAUCAUCAAUGGAUCGUGUGUUAAAGAAAGAGUGGGGGGAACUGAGGCUCUGGGCCACCUCUUCAUAUGGAUCUUCUUCAUCAUGGUCUUCCUCAUGAGUGUUCUGAUCAUGGGCAAAGCCAUAUGAUGGUGCUCCCAGGGACUCCCUAUGGAUUUAUUCUCAACAUUCCCAACGGACCCCAUGAAAUUCCAACAUAUUAUUAAGACUCAUCAUUUGCACAUAGAACUCUCAGUCAUUAUCAUCAAUGGAUCAUGUGUUAAAGAAGGAGUGGGGGGAACUGAGGCUUUGGGCCACUUCUUAUAUGGGUCUUCUUCAGAACAUUCUGAUGAUGGACAAGGAUACAUGAUGGGGCCACUAGUAGCCCAAUGUUCCCCAUUGUACUCUAUGCAGGACCAACUCACCCAUUGCAUUAUGGGAAUGACAAACCAGCAUGCUAUAUGGUUUUCUAUACAUUCAGACAUGCAGUCUCCAUUGGGACAUUACAUGACCAUGUCCGACCUCGUCAACAUCAUUAAAUGUGGUUGUGACUCUAAUUGGAGGCUAUCAAAUAAAAUGUCAAGGGGCUUUAAGAAACAUAGCAAAAUUUCCAUUAAUAUAUAUUUCUGUCUAUUGCAGUAUUGUAGUUAAUGGCAAAGUAAAGGGGAA